AUGUCGGACCGCCUCGACGACGACGCCCUCCUCCUCAUCCUCGACGAGCUCGCCACGCCCUCUCCCGAGUACGCCGUCUACUGUGCCAGCAAGAAGGCCCUGCGCAACGUCUGCCUCGCCUCGCACCGCCUGCGUCGCCUCGCCCAGCCGCGGCUCUUCCGCCAGAUCUGGGUCGUCAAGCAGUCGCAGGCCGUCGUCCUCCAGUCGUCGGGCGUUGUCGAGUCGCUCGGCCACGGCACGAGAUGGUACACGGUCGGCAAGCGCGAGUACGACGGCUCGCUGCCCGACGCGGUCAAGACGGCGCGCGUCCUGCCGAGCGUCAAGAAGCUUCUGCUCUCGGGCCCGUGGACCUCGCGCAAUCCCGCCCACAUCGAGAGCUUCACCAGGCUCCGUCACCUUUCGCUCGUGCACUCGGAACUCGGGUCGCACAUGGUUUUCAAGGCGCCACUCCUCGAGCAGCUCGACGUCCAUUACUGCUUCGUCUACAUCCCCGCCGCCGCCAAGUGGCUCCAGCCGGUCUACCUCCCCGCCUUGCGCAUCCUGAGCGUCGUCAAGGUCGGCGAGGGCGUCAUGUUGCGCCGGUUUAAGCUCAGCAGCGUCCUCGGCCCCGCCAUGCUCGCCCAGUUGGACGUUCUGCAGACCGACGAGAGGAGCCUCGACUCGCAGUCGCCGCUCGCCCUCGGGACCGCUCCUCCUGUCCUCUUCUUCGACCCGACGUUCCACACGCCGACCAUCCCUCGCCACUCGGUCCACCCCAUGCUCGCGCAAGUCGAUGUCGUUGCCUACACUAUUCAUCUCGCCGACGAGAUCGCGUCGACCGUGUCGUCGUCCGCCGCGCUCGGCCCUCGCGUCGUCAUCCUCCCGCACAAGGGCCUUGCCCUCUCGUCUUCCCCGCCCGCCUACCAGCAUCUUCAUGACGCCGUUCGCCGCCUCGAGCAGGCGUGCGGGCGCGACGUGCGCAUCAUCUGGAGCGCCGAGCAGGGCAUGGACCUCCUGUGCGGCGGCGUCUCGCGCGUGUUUGUGCGGUACGCGCGCGAGCUCAAGGCGGCGCAGGCGACGAGCGGGUCCGAGGCGUGA